UGGAACUCCGUGGUUGUGCAUCGACUGCACUCAAUAGACCAUGCGAAUCCAUCAAGCUACAGUACAGUCUAACAGUCUACUAGUGAUCGCUGUGUCACGGCCACCACGCUUGCCCCGGCACUCAUACAGUUGUUUUGUCUAAUGCUUACCUACCUAGCCUUUUUGAGCCUUUUGGACGAGUUCACAGUUUGUCCUGCCUACCCUGAACAGAACCAUAGGAGCUCAAAAUGGACGCAGCCUCCCCGCUCCUCUGCCUUUACUUUAUGGUAUAUAGGCCAGGUACGAAUCUUUAUUAUACGGUUCAAGCACAAAAUGAGCAGCUCAAAUAUCUUGUCGGGGUAUUUCUCUGAGGGGUCAGACGACGAAGAAUGGCUGCGGAGUGCCUCAGAAUCUUCGAGUGACGGUGGUGAUUACGUACUGUACUACAGCGACCUCGACGAGGAAAGCGCAGUGCCACGCACAGCCUCAGGGCGUUGCCGAUCAAGUUCAACUUCAGAAAUCGGCGCAGGUCGCUCCAGCAUGGGCAACGCUGCUCAUGAAGAGAGCAACAGAACGACUCGUGAGCAUGGUCAAAGGUCACAGCUGGAUCCUCGAGGCGCCGUUGCUCGCAGUCUGGUACUCCAGGGUGCCUUGGGGCUCUCUAAGGUUGAUGACACGACCGACGAUGCUCUAUCAAACAGAGAGAAGCUUUCCUCUGCGUCUGGUAAUUUAAGGAGAGAACUCGUAACGUUCCAACGGCUGCUACGAGAUCUGGGUGAUUCCGUUGAAACGCUGCGUGAAAUAAUGUUGGAAGAAUUUCACACUCAACUCAAACGUGAAGCGCCAUCGACAGAGCCCGAGCCCGGCCGGGCACAGUAAGAGCUAGUCAAUCUUGUGAGAGAGCCGAAGCGACGAGUAUCAUUCUGUAGAAUUAAUAU